CACACAGAGAUGGCUUACAUGAUGGUUGCCAUCACGAAAGCCAAAGUGGAUUUCUCCAGUGUAGUGUGCCUGCCCCCUUCCGUCAUUGCUGUGAAUGGGCUGGACGGAGGAGGGGCUGGCGAAAAUGAUGAUGAACCAGUGCUGGUGUCCCUGUCCGCGGCCCCCAGCCCCCAGAGUGAAGCUGUUGCCAAUGAGCUGCAGGAGCUCUCCUUGCAGCCCGAGCUGACCCUUGGCCUCCACCCUGGCAGAAAUCCCAAUUUGCCUCCACUUAGUGAGCGGAAGAAUGUGCUGCAGUUGAAGCUCCAGCAGCGGCGGACACGGGAAGAGCUGGUGAGCCAAGGGAUCAUGCCUCCUUUGAAAAGUCCAGCUGCGUUUCAUGAACAGAGAAGGAGCUUGGAGCGGGCCAGGACAGAGGACUACCUGAAACGGAAGAUUCGUUCCCGGCCGGAGAGGUCAGAGUUGGUCAGGAUGCACAUUUUGGAAGAGACCUCGGCUGAGCCUUCCCUUCAGGCCAAGCAGCUGAAGCUGAAGAGAGCCAGGCUGGCUGAUGACCUCAACGAGAAGAUUGCGCAGAGGCCUGGCCCCAUGGAGCUGGUGGAGAAGAACAUCCUGCCUGUGGAGUCCAGCUUGAAAGAAGCCCUCAUCGUGGGCCAGGUGAAUUACCCGAAAGUGGCAGACAGCUCUUCUUUCGAUGAAGACAGCAGCGAUGCCUUAUCCCCUGAGCAGCCUGCCAGCCAGGAGUCCCAGGGCUCAGUGCCAUCACCCCUGGAAGCCCGAGUCAGCGAGCCACUGCCCAGUGCCACCUCUAUAUCCCCCACUCAGGUUGUGUCUCAACUCCCAGUGGGCCCAGAGUCCAGAGAAACGCUUUUCCUGGCAGAGCAGCCUCCUCUGCCUCCCAGCCUCACCAACGGAACCACGGUCCCCACCGCCAAGCCCACCCCCACGCUCAUUAAGCAAAGCCAACCCAAGUCUGCCAGCGAGAAGUCGCAGCGCAGCAAGAAAGCCAAGGAGCUGAAGCCAAAGGUGAAGAAGCUCAAGUAUCACCAGUACAUCCCCCCGGACCAAAAGCAGGACAAGGGGGCGCCCCCCAUGGACUCCUCCUACGCCAAGAUCCUGCAGCAGCAGCAGCUGUUCCUCCAGCUGCAGAUCCUCAACCAGCAGCAGCAGCAGCACUAUAACUACCAGACCAUCUUGCCGGCCCCCCCAAAGCCGGCAGGUGAGGCUCUGGGAAGCGGCGGGGCCCCCCCGAUGCGCAGCCUUUCCACUACCAGUACCAGUCCCAGCUCGGGCACCCCUGGGCCCAGUGGGCUGGCACGUCAAAACAGCACCUCUCUGACUGGCAAGCUGGGAGCCCUGCCCGCCAACCUGGACGACAUGAAGGUGGCAGAGCUGAAGCAGGAGCUGAAGUUGCGGUCACUGCCCGUCUCUGGCACCAAGACAGACCUGAUUGAGCGCCUGCGUGCCUACCAAGAACAAGUCAGCCCUGCCCCAGGAGCCCCCAAGGUCCCUGCUGCCACCUCUAUCCUGCCCAAGGCUGGCGAGGUGGUGGUAGCCUUCCCGGCGGCCCGGCUAAGCACGGGGCCUGCUCUGGUGGCAGCAGGCCUGGCCCCAGCCGAGGUGGUAGUGGCUACGGUGACCAGCAAUGGAGUGGUGAAAUUUGGCAGCACGGGCUCCACACCCCCCGUGUCUCCCACUCCCUCAGAGCGUUCACUGCUUAGCACGGGAGAUGAGAACUCCACACCUGGGGACACCUUUGGCGAGAUGGUGACAUCACCACUGACCCAGCUCACCCUGCAGACUUCGCCACUGCAGAUCCUUGUGAAGGAGGAGGGUCCCCGCGCCGGGCCCUGCUGCGUGAGCCCGGGGGUGCGGGCAGAGCUGGAGGGGCGCGACAAGGACCAGAUGCUGCAGGAAAAGGACAAGCAGAUCGAGGAGCUGACCCGCAUGCUCCGGCAGAAGCAGCAGCUGGUGGAGUGGCUCAGGCUGCAGCUGGAGCAGGAGAAGCGGGCCCAGCAGCAAGCAACCCCCACCCCUGCCCCUCAUGGCGUCCCAGUGAAGCAAGAAAACAGCUUCUCCAGCUGCCAGUUGAGCCAGCCAUCCCUGGGCCCUGCUCAUCCCUUCAGUCCCAGCCUGGCGGCCCCCACUCCCCACCACGUAGACACUUGUGCCCUGGUGCCUUCUCCGGUGGUGGUGAAGCAGGAAGCCGUGCUGCCUGAGCCGGAGCCGGCCCCCACGCCCCAGCUGCUUCUGGGCCCACAGGGCCCCAGCCUCAUCAAAGGGGUGACGCCUCCCACCGUCAUCACUGACUCCGCAGGGACCCACCUUGUCCUCACCGUGACCAAUAAGAAUGCAGACAGCCCUGGCCUGGCCAGUGGGAGCCCUCAGCAGCCCUUGUCCCAGCCUGGUUCUCCAGCCCCUGUCCCAGCAGCCCAGAUGGACCUGGAGCACCUGCCACAGCCCCCAUUUGGGACCUCCACGUCUCUGCCAAAGAAGGAGCCGCCUGGCUAUGAGGAAGCCGUGAACCAGCAGCCCAGACAGCAGGAAAAUGGUUCCUCGAGCCAACAGAUGGAUGACCUGUUUGACAUUCUUAUUCAGAGUGGAGAAAUUUCAGCAGAUUUCAAGGAGCCACCAUCUCUGCCAUCCCCACCCUCUGCUGAGCUUCCCCAGGCUGCCCUGCCCUCGACCUCACCUGUCCUUCCUGGGCGCCUGGAGGACUUCCUGGAGAGCAGCACUGGGCUACCCCUGCUGACUGGGGGACAUGAGGGGCCAGAGCCCCUCUCCCUGAUUGACGACCUCCACAGUCAGAUGCUGAGCAGCUCUGCCAUCCUGGACCACCCCCCCUCACCCAUGGACACCUCAGAAUUGCACUUUGCCCCCGAGCCCAGCAGCAUGGGCCUGGACCUAGCUGAUGGCCACCUGGACAGCAUGGACUGGCUGGAGCUGUCAUCAGGUGGCCCCGUGCUCAGCCUGGCCCCACUCAGCAACACGGCCCCCAGCCUCUUCUCCACGGACUUCCUCGAUGGCCAUGACUUGCAGCUGCAUUGGGAUUCCUGCUUGUAGCUCUCAGGUUUGCCAGGGAACUGGAGGGGCUGGAAGCUGGGGAGCCUCAGGAACUCUAGGGAGCUCAGCUCUCUCCUGCGGGAUCCAGCUCUGUGUGGUCAUGAGUCCCGACAAUCACAGGCCCUGCUUUCCCCUCCCUGGCACGGGGUCACCCAGGGGUUUUGGAGACCUGGACAGGCCAGGGACUUUCUAUUUGACCUCCUUUUGUGAGGUUGGAGGUACCUGCCUGGCUACAGUUUGCUCAGGUGGGCGAGGUAUGAACUCCCUCCUUCCCUUCUUUUCCUUACAAGGGAAAGAAAAACUGGGCCUCUACCUCCCCAUUCCCCGUGACCCUAACCCCAGGUUUCCUAGGCUGGGGGAGGCGCUGCCAUGUUAGUGUCUUGCUGUAGAGUAACCAUUUAGUGGUUGGUGGCAAACAUGUUCUGUACAGGUGUACAUACCUCUAUAUUAUAUAUCGCCAUACAUAUA